AUGACGACUCAAACAUGCAAUGUUUUCAUGUUCGUAGCUAUAUUGACGAUGAUGUUUUCUGCACACAUUGCUCAAUCAAACAGUCUAACAAUGUGUGUGAAACAUUGUGCACAUAACCGGUGUUUGAAAGCGGCGAAAAAUUCUACUCCUGAAAUUUGUGAUGAAACUUGCAAGAAAAUCUGCAACAAUCAACUAUUCGGUGGUAAAAAAUUUAUUGUACCUCCUCCUAAGGGAAGCUCCCACUUCUGUAGAUGGUUGCCUCAGUUUUGUUAA